AAAGCGAAAUCUUGCCUUCCCCGUCCGUCCUCCAUUUUUCAGGUUAGAGAAGAACAGGCUCUGAUACAUCUGUUCGUACAAACCCUAAAUCAUCUAACAUCGCGAUAAUUUAAGCGAAUUUUCUGUUUUAAUCUUCGAUUUUCGUUUUAUUUCUGGCUAUCAAUCGACUUUGAAUGCGAAAUAAGCAUGCCGCCGAAGCAGCAAUCGAAAGCCGAAUUAGCGAAGAAGCAGAAGGUUGUUGAAGACAAGACUUUCGGUCUCAAGAACAAGAAUAAGAGCAAAAACGUACAGAAAUAUGUUCAAAAUCUCAAGCAAUCCGUCCAGCCAAAAGUCGACCCGACUAAAGUAGCUGCCAAGAAAAAGAAGGAGGAAGAAAAAGCUAAAGAGAAGGAGUUGAAUGACUUGUUUAAGAUUGCUGUUAGUCAGCCCAAAGUACCCGUUGGUGUUGAUCCGAAGUCUAUAGUUUGUGAGUUUUUUAAAGUGGGACAGUGUACGAAAGGGUUUAAAUGCAAGUUUUCACAUGAUUUGAAUGUCCAGAGGAAGGGUGAGAAGAUUGAUAUAUACAGUGAUAAGCGUGAUGAAGAAACGAUGGAGGACUGGGAUCAAGAGACGUUGGAGAAGGUUGUCGAGUCAAAAAAGAACGAGUAUAACCUCAACAAGCCGACUGAGAUUGUCUGCAAGUAUUUUCUGGAAGCAGUAGAAAAGAAGCAGUAUGGCUGGUUUUGGGUGUGUCCUAAUGGUGGUAAAGAAUGCCACUAUAGACAUGCUCUUCCUCCAGGAUAUGUUUUAAAGUCACAAAUGAAGGAACUGUUGGAAGAGGAGAGCCAAAAGAUUGCCAUAGAGGAAGAGAUUGAGAAUGAGCGUGCAAAAGUCAAGACCACUACUCCCAUAACUCCGGAGCUUUUCUUUCAAUGGAAGAAGAAAAAGAUGGAUGAAAGAAAUGCUGGUUUGGCUGCACAACAAGCAGAGAGAGCUAAGAAUGAUCGCAUGAGUGGUCGUGAGUUGUUUCUUGCAAAUGCAAGCUUGUUUGUGGAUGAUGCUGAGGCAUACGAAAAAUAUCAGCGAGAAGAAGAACCUGAAGCCGACGAAUCAAAGGCCAAAGAUAAUUCAACUGGUGGACCAAGUACCUCAACAAAUGCUGUUGAUGAUUCUGAAGACGUUCUUUUGGAUGAAGACGAUGACGACGAACUGGAUCUCGACGAGCUAAACGAACUUGAGGCAACUUUGUCUAGAACUUCAAUUCAGAUCCGGGAGCCAGGUAUCGAGGCCUCUUGAGAAUUAGACAGGGUGCAGUGUUGCAGAGUAUGUGUUUGAUAUUUGGUAAAAGAAAAAGAAAUUGAAGAACAUAAUGUAUUGGAGUUUUAUGUUCUCUUAUUUGGAAUUGGAGUGUCUCUUGGUUCAUAUCAAA